AUGGCGGCCACGUCCUCGGCAUAUGCGGCGCCGUAUAACAUUGACGGGGUAGGCCCGAGUCGAACGCCGGUUGACUUCUCGGCAGCGCUAUCGAUAUGGAAGGACAUCAACCUCACCGAUCUUCAGCAACAGCUCAACGAUACCGCUCCGGAGCUUCUCGAAGCACAAAAGGCGGCUGUCGCCAACCGCAAGAAGCUCGCUGAUCAGACAAGGGAGUUCAAGAAGCAGCCAGAUACCAACAAGCUCGAAAGCUUCAAGCCAUUGCUCAAAGCCUACCAGGCUGAAAUCGACACACUCACCAAAAGAUCCAAAGCCGCCGAGAAUGCCUUUCUCAACGUUCAUUCUGCCCUCACAACAGCACCGGAUCCAUAUCCUUUUCUGGAGGUGACGCUGGACCAGGCAGCUUCGCUCAAUGAUCUGGAAAGCUUGAAGGAGGAUAAUGCGAAGCUCAGAAGGGACCUCGCCCAGCAGACUGCUGAGGCUGACGCCAACAGAGAGCGAGAAGCUGAGCACACACGUUUGCAACAACGUAUUCUCUCUCUCGAAAAGGAUUUUGAAACAAAGCUACAACAACAAACUGCAGCACUCGAGCUCGAACUCUCUGCAAAGUGGGACGAAAGGAUACGCAACCUCAAAGAAAGAGAAGCCGAUCUGACAAAGUCACUCAACUUGGCACUGGAGCAGCUCAAGGAUCUCAAAUCAAGGGACGAGACAGCUACAGCCAAGCUCCUCGAAAAGGGUCACGACGACGAGCAACAGGACAGCAAGAGCAACUUUGCCGAAGUCGAGCUCCUUUCUCGCGAUCUGGAGCGUGCACACGCCCGUAUCGAGAGCGUCGAGAGACGCAACGAGCAGCUUCGUUCCGAAAUCGAGAGUGUCAAGAGCGGUCGCCAGGAGAGCAAUCAACUGCAAAAGCUUCAGCUCGAAGCACAGGAGAAGGACCGCAAACUCACACAAGUCCAGACCCUUCUCGAAUCGGCACGUCAGCAAUCCGAAACCAUCAGCAAGCAGGUCGCCUCCUCGCAAGAGGAAAAGAUCAAGUUGCAAUCCGAGAAGGAUGCAGAGAUUGAAUCGCUGCGUACCAAACUUCAACAACGCAGCGAUUACGCCGAUAUCAAGCGCGAGCUUGAGAUUGUCAAAGCCGUUCGCUUCAAUGCUGAUGACGACGACGAUGAUGAUGAACUAUCUGCCACCUCGUCGGCCACUGCAAACGGCGACUCACCAUCAACGAAGAAGGCGGCAGAGGCAAAAAGCCUGGAGGUGUUACUGCUCGAGAAGAACAAGCGUCUCGAAGAUCAACUUGCUACAUUAAGGGUUUCGAACGGCGAUCUCUCAGCCUCCCUUGACAAAGUUUCAGCAGAGCUCGCCUCUUUGAAGCAGAAGCACACACAUCUCAAGUUGCUCAAUGAGAAACUCGAAACUGACCUGGCUUCCAUCGGUCGCGAAGGGCGCUCCAACACAAAGACAUCAGCAGCCAUGAGUGCCGAGGAGGUGAUGAGAGAGAUGGAGUCGCUCGAAGCUGAAGCAACGCAAAUAAGCCAAAGCACAAAAGCGCGAAACAGCAACACGGGGGCGCAGAAGGACGGACUGAAUGGAGUUCAUCCGGCAAGAUCAGUCCCGACGCCAGCUUCACCAAGACCUUCUACAUCCUCACGUGCUGCUGCUACUGGCGAGAGCAGCAUUCUUCCCAUCGUCACCUCACAGAGAGACCGCUUCCGCAAUCGCAACGCUGAGCUCGAAGAAGAGCUACGCAAGCAAUUUGAAACCAUCAGCGAGCUUCGCACCGAGAUCAAAACUCUUCAAUCAGACAACUUGGGUCUAUACGAAAAGGUUCGCUAUCUGCAGAGCUAUGGUCCCGCGGGUGCCCGUCGAACAGGCAGCGGCGGAGAUUCGGUAAUUCAGAUUGGCGUUGGCGCAGCGGGACGCACGGAUGCGUCAGGUGCCUAUCCGCCACCUAGGAUGGGUGGCAGCGAUGAUAAGUAUCGCGCUAAGUAUGAAGAGUCCAUGAACCCCUUUGAAGCCUUCCGUGGCAGAGAGCAGUCCAGAGCAAUGGCUCAGCUCAAUCCGCUUGAACGCGCUUUACACAUCCUCACUCGUCUUGUCCUGGGCCAUCGUCGGAUGCGACUGUUCUUCAUCGCUUACGCCAUCUUCCUUCACUUCCUCAUCUUUGCCAUGUUGUUCGAAGUCUCACACACUUCCUCCGCUGAGACUUGCUCAGUGCCGAAAUAA